AUGAAAAUUAUUCGAACAUUUUGCUAAGCCAAAUAAUUGUUGCUAAAUGAUAAAUUAAAACUCACAAAAUACUUAAAAUUAGUCUAACAAACACCUGUCUCCUAUGAAGGUGUAAGAAAAGCACUUGGAUAUGAUGUUAUUCUGAACAAUUUGAAAUUUGAAGAAAAUCAAUCAGACAUUUUUCCAUUAACAUUAAAACUAAUUAAAAGAGAUAUAUCUUUAUUUGAUUUCAAGGAAUUCACAACUUAUUUAUCAACAAUUAAUAAUUACAUAUGCUUUUCAAAAUCUCCAUAUCCUUAAAAUGAACAAGAAUUUUAGGAUGCCUUGAGAAUCAUUCUUGAUCAUGGUACUUAUAUUUAAAAGUUUUUGACACUAUAACAUAUAGUGAUAUAUUUUGAUUCAAGAAUUACUCUCUAUUGUUAAUUGGCAACAUAACUAAAGGAUGCUUUGAGAGAUCAUUAACCUAAAAAUACAGAGGAAAAAAUAUUAAAAUUAUUUUGGGAAUAAAUUGAUAUUUAUGAUUAAGAAAAAAUAGAAUCUCUGAUAGAAAAAUAAGUAGAACCAUAAAAUCCUACUAUGAAAAUUGAAGAGCGUAUAAAAAAAGAGUUUAUAGAUAUAAUUGAUGUAUUGUAAGUUGAAUGUGAGCAAUAUCAUUUAGCCACAUAAUUAGUUAUCUUUGAAAUUAUAUCUAGACUAUAUUUUGAUUAAGUAAAUUAUAUUAUUAGAUUUAUAGGAUGUUGAAAUUAGUGAAAAAAAACUUUAAUAAAUUUACUAUGUUGAAAAAUAAUGUUAAUGCAAAAUAGAGUAGAACCUAUCUAAUUUGAAUAAUUUUCAUCUAGUUCUUUAUACUCAUAUGUUGAAUUUAAAUUAACAUGAAGUUAACAUUUUAAGCUGGGAUAAAAUUAUUGUAUGAAUAUUAUAAUUUGGUAUAGAAUGAAUUAACAAUCAGAGAUUUUACUACAAUGACAAUAGAUGAUGCUUUUAAAAUAUGGUUACUUUUAUAUGAGAUUGGAAGAUAAAACUCAACAGUCAAUGACAAAAUAAUUGAGUAAUAAUUACAUUUAAAUUAGUAAAUUGAUGAAUUAAAUCGAAUUAAUUAAAAAUAAAUAUUAUGUAUUAUUAUGUGAAUUAUUAAUUGAAACAAAAAAUAGCAAAAGAGUGGAGUUUUUAAAAAAAUGGUAUAUAAAUUUUUUAUAAUUUAUUAGGUAUCCAAAAAUUGAUUUGGAAAAUGAAACACCCUAAAAUUUAUGUGUAAUAUUAGAUGCAUUUAAUUCUGCUAAACUUUUAAAUAAAUUAGUGUUAGGAAAAUUUUUAAAUGCUUUAGAGGAGAAAAUGGAUUAAUUAGAGGAAAUUUAUGUUGAAAACAUAUUAUUGAGUUUAGUUGAUCAUUAAUAUGAGCACGAGAAAACAUUUGAGAGAGCAGUGUAAUUUGAAAUAUUUGAAGUAUUAGAUAUAAAAUAAAUAAUUUAGAAUACUUCAAAGCAUUUUUUGUUAGGAUUAUUGCAUUAUUGUUAGUUGUAUAAUUAGAAGCAUUAAAAAGUAAGAGAAAUUCAAGAAGUUUUUGUUUAAAAUUUAACAAAAGAAAAUGAUGAAUCAAUUUUGAUUGAGUUGCUUAGAAUUUUAAUAACAGGGAUCAGACGAAAGAAUAGUGAACACAUUGAAAUAAUACCAGAGUUAAAACCAUUUAUAAAAAAAUUUAUUGAUUAAAAAGAGGGAAAUUUAAUGGGUUAAGAAUCUUAAUUUAGAAGUUUAUUAUAAAAGUUGUAUCAUAUUAAAUGA